AUAUGCCCGUUCCAUGAAAAUCGGAAGGCGUCGAAACUUCACGUGUGGACUGAUCAGAAAUUCUAGAAAUUUCUCGGUUAUUAUUUACAUUUUUUUAGGGACGCAGAAAGUAUUUGCUGAAACUUUAUUUAUCGUUUAUCUAAGUAGCGGGACAAAUACAAUUUCAGUGACUGACGUCGUUUAAAAUUCGGUUUAAUAGCUACCGGCGAAUUGGCGAGGAGUGAAUUUGUCAUUCUAAACAAACGAGAAAAUUCCUGAACAAUGGCAGUUGUUGGUUUAGAUGUUGGGAAUUAUUCUUCCUAUGUAGCUGUUGCUCAAGGCGGUGGAAUUGACACAGUUGCAAACGAAUACAGCGACAGAUGUACCCCAGCAUUUGUUUCCUUGAUGGAAAAUAGUCGAUGUAUGGGUGUUUCGGCAAAGAAUCAAUCCACAACCAAUGUCAAGAACACUAUUUCUUGUUUUAAACGCCUGCUCGGGCGCCGAUUUAAAGAUCAGCAGGUCCAGAAAGAGAAAAACCAUUAUUUCCAUCCAUACGAUAUUGUGGAAGGUCCUGCAGGGGAAACAUUGAUUCAGGCAACAUAUAUGGGUGAGAAACAGAAUUUUACACCUGAACAGAUAAUGGCCAUGCUUCUUACAAAGCUUAAAGACACUGGAGAAAAAGCGCUGCGAACUAAAGUGGUUGAUUGUGUUGUGUCGGUUCCCAGCUUUUUCACAGAUGUAGAAAGGCGAGCGAUGAUAGCCAGCUGUCAGAUGGCCAGUCUGAACUGCCUCAAGGUUAUGAACGACACUACUGCAGUGUGCCUGUCAUAUGGAAUCUACAAACAAGAUCUGCCCGCUGAGAAUGAGAAGCCAAGAAACGUGGUGUUUGUGGACAUGGGCUACUGCUCCAUGCAGGUUUGCGUGGCAGCCUUCAAUAAGGGGAAACUCAAGGUAUUAGCCGUCCAGUCCGAUGCCAGUCUGGGUGGCCGGGACUUUGACUGCCUGAUCAUAAACCAUUUUGCAAACGACUGGAAGACCAAAUACAAGAUAGACGCGUUCUCAAGACCAAAGUCGUACAUCCGACUGGAGCAAGAGAGUGAGAAACUGAAGAAGCUGAUGAGCGCUAACACACAACAGAUCCCCCUUGACGUCGAGUGCUUUAUGGAUGAUGUAGAUGUUCAUGGGAAAAUGGACAGAGCCGAAUUUGAAGAAAUGGCUGCACCGCUUUUACAGAGAGCUGAGGCAAUGUACCGGAAAAUAUUAGAAUUAACAAAGUUGAGCCUGGAGGACAUAUAUGCCGUGGAGGUGGUGGGUGGGUCGAGUCGGUUGCCAUGUGUCAAGGAGCUUGUUACCAAGGUGUUCCAGAAGGAACCUAGCACCACACUGAAUGCUGACGAGGCUGUAGCCAAGGGUUGCGCUCUACAGUGUGCAAUAUUGUCGCCAACAUUCCGUGUGCGUGACUUCGCUAUCCAGGACUGUCAGCAAUAUCCGAUUACACUGGCCUGGCAGGGAGGGGGCAUGGAUGAAGACAGUACGAUGGAGGUGUUCCCACAGUUCCAUGCCAUACCCUUCUCGAAGAUGCUGACGUUCUUUAGGAAGGAGCCCUUCUCUAUAGAGGCGCGGUAUUCAAACCCAGCUGAGGUGCCCAUUGAUGACCCAGGAAUAGGUUUGUUCAAAAUAACAAAGGUUCAACCCUCUGCAAGUGGUGAGAGUCCCAAAGUGAAAGUGAAAGUGCGCGUAAACAACCAUGGAAUGUUCACCGUGCAGUCAGCCAGCAUGGUGGAGAAGGUUGAAGAGACAAAAACCACAGAGGAACAGGGUCCAGAAACCAUGGAAACCGAUGCUGCCAAGAACAACGCUGAGAACAGUGCUAAUGGGUCCAAAUCCGAGAACAAUAUGGAGACAGAACAAGGCCCAACCAAUGGAGACUCCAGUAAGAAUGAGGAGGCAACAAAUGAUGAGAAGGCUGAUGAUGCCAAGGGAGAUAAGAAGACAGAGGAAGAGGAAGGCAAUAAAUCUGCAGGAGACAAGAAGGAAAAGAAGGCAAAGACCCGCAGCAUUGACCUGCCUGUAGAGCCCCUGCUGUCCCAGUACUCCAAGGACGCAAUCAACCUCAUGCAGGAGAGAGAGAACCAGAUGAUAGCGCAGGACCGGCUGGAGAAGGAGCGAUGUGACGCCAAGAAUGCAGUCGAGGAGUAUGUGUAUGAGAUGCGAGACAAGCUGUGUGGACCCUACGAGGAGUUUGCCACUGAAGAAGAUCGUGAAGGCUUCAGCAAGCUGUUGGGAGACACUGAGGAUUGGCUGUACGACGAAGGAGAGAACCAGAACAAACAAGUCUACAUCGACAAACUGGCAGAACUUAAGAAAACCGGCACCCCAAUCCAGGAGCGUUAUCGCGAGGCCCAGGAGAGGCCGGUUGCGUUCGAGGCCCUUGGGGCGGGACUGCAGCAUGUCAGGAAGUUCCUGGCCGAGGUUGAGGCCAAGAAUGCCAAGUACGAUCACCUGGGGGCAGAGGACAUGGAGAAAGUGAGCAAGUGCCUGAAGGAGAAACAGCAGUGGUUUGAGGAGCAGAUGAACGCCCAGGGCAAGCAGAAGAAGUAUGAGAAACCAACCGUAUUGGCCUCACAGAUCAGGCAAAAUGAACAGAAUCUGAGAUCCACCUGCGAACCAAUAAUUACCAGGCCAAAGCCUAAACCAAAGGAGGAACCGCCUAAAGAAGACAAAAAGGGUGAAAAGACCAAGGAGGGAGACGCCUCCACGAACGCCAAACAGGAUGGCACAAAGGAGCCUGCGGGAGGGGAUGCCAAGCCUGAACAGGCCAAUGGGCCGGCACAGAUGGAUGUGGAUUAAUAACUUGCGUGUGUUAGAAACUUGUGUAAAGACAUUUGAUCUUUGCUUUAUUAUGUAUACUUGAUAUGAACUUUUUUCUGCACAGAUAAAUGUGGAUUAACGGUUACCAGUCAGUUAUGCACUUUGACUGGUCAUUAAGAAAAUCAAAUAAGAUUAAAGACUUUCUUACAAGGAUCAAGUUUCAACGACCUCAUUUCCAGUCUUGAGAAUUUGAUGAGCAGCGAACAGCAUAAAGCCUAAACGGACUGGAAGUUAUAUACCCAAUUUCGCUUUGCUAAUAAGCAGCAAAGGGUUAACAAAGGUGUGUGUCAGGAACUUGUGCAAGAACACUUGGUGUCUGCUGUACGAUAUAUACUUGAUAUGUUCUUUCUUUUACACAUUUUGAUUUCAUUUGUGAUAAUUUAUUGUGUUAAAAAGAUUUAAAAAGGUUAAAAAGUCCAAUGGUAUGCUGUCAUGCUGAAAAUGAGUACUUUGGUACAUAUAUUUUGCAAAAUGUGCCGUUAUUUUCAUAUCAUGAUAUGUUGAGGAAAGUUAUAACUAAAAAAUGUAAAUGUUGCUUAAUGUGUGGGUCUUUAUAAUAAUAAAUUUCAAAUAAUAAGAAACAUUCCUGUUGUCUACUUCACAUCCUAUUAUGACAGAACUUUGACCAUACUAUUAGAUCACUUAGAUUUAAAUUCACGCCCUGGUAAUAACUUUCUUAAUAACAUAUCUGAAAUUUAAUAAUUAUUGUGAUCUUAUGAAGUAGAUGGGAUGAUUGUGCGUCUGUACCCAGUAAUUUGAAAUUUUACGUUAAUUUAUGUAUUUAUAAAUCGGCCAAUUGUUAUGUGGAAACUCAGUUGAAUUUGUAUGGAAAGAAUGUUAAAUUGUACCUAUGUUUCUGUUGUUUUAUGACUGUUGUAAACAUUUUUGCAUUGAUUUGUUGCAGUUUUUUUCUAUUUAUCACGUCCACGAUUAUCAUCAUUGAGAUUUUGCUUGAGGCUUGUGGAGUAUAUGCUGUCGUUUUUAUGCUGUUGAAGCCUGUUACAGAUAGUUCAUGUGUUAAUCACGCUCGAUUGGUCAUUGGGGUACAUUAAAGUAUAUUUAAGAGUACCCAGGGUACAUUUAAGUAGUACCCAAGUCAACAAUGACCAAUCGAGCGUUAAUCACCAGAUAAACAUAGAUUGAGUUUGUUUAUCAAUAAACAUUUAGCUGCAUCACA